AUGGGCGGCCCCGCCCUGUCGCUAAUCGCGGCCCUGCCCCGUCGCCAGUUGCGGCCUUGCCCCGUCGCCAGUAGCGGACCCGCAGCGUCCCCCCCGCCUCGUCGCGACGCCCCUAAGGGACCCGCGAGGCGCAGCUCCUGUGCGUCGCAACGACCCUGCGGGACGCGCGUGGCGUCAACCCUGCCCGCCGCGGCGCCCUGCCCUAACCCGCGCCCUGGUGUAGCCGCCACUACAGCAGCCGCCCCUGGAGCAGCCGCCACUGCAGCAGCCGCCCCUGGAGCACCCUCCCCUGCAGCAGCCGCCCCUGGAGCAGCCGCCCCUGAAGUAGCCGUCCCUAGAGCAGCCGCCCCUAGAGCAGCCGCCACUUCAGCAGCCGCCCCUGGAGCAGCCUCCCCUGCAGUAGCCGCCCCUAGAGCAGCCGCCUCUGAAGCAGCCGCCCCAGGAGCAGCCGCCACUGCAGCAGCCGCCCCUGGAGCAGCCACCUCUGCAGUAGCCGCCCCUGGAGCAGCCGCCCCUGCCGCAGCUGCAACCGCCCCUGGAGCAGCCGCCCCUGCCGCAGCUGCCCCUGGAGCAGCCGCCACUGCAACAGCCGCCCCUGUAGCAGCCACCACUGCAGCAGCCGCCCCUGCAGCAACCGCCUCUGGAGCAGCCACCCCUGCAGCUGCCGCGGAGCCCUCGCCCUAUAGUGGUAGCGGCCUCGCCAUUGCCGCCGUGGUAUGCCUGCCCUUCUCGCCACUGACUCUUGACUAUGAUGCUAUCCUCACUGCCAUAUAUGCAUUGCCUACUAGUGAUGAGGGUGACUGUUACCUGUGUGUUCCGCUUGACCCGGGCAUUGAGACUGCUGCUCUAGGUGCUAGUACGUCUGCUGCUCCAGGUCCUAGUGAGUCUGCUGCCCCAGGUGCUGGUGAGUCUGCUCUCUCAGGUACCAUGUCGGCUUAG